CCAACCCCUCCAUACUAUAAAUAGGAUUUGCAUGGUCUAACUCUUACGAAACAACUGAUUACUCUGAAAGCUUAUAACACAGUAGUGCGCGUUUCUGUAAGUAAAUUACGACACUAAUGGCAUCAUUAGUAACCUUCAAAGUGCGCCGUAGCGAGGCCGUGCUCGUCCCCCCGGCCGAGCCCACCCCGCGGGAGCUCAAACCCUUAUCGGACCUCGACGACCAACGGGGCCUCCGGUUCUACCGGUCGGGGAUCCAUUUCUACAAAAACGAUCCGUCGAGGGAGGGGACAGACCCCGCGGAGGUGGUCAGGGCGGCGCUGGCGAGGGCGUUGGUGUUCUACUACCCGAUGGCCGGCCGGAUUCGCGAGGAGGCCGGGGGAAAGCUGGUAGUGGAUUGCACCGGGGAGGGGGCCAUGUUCAUGGAGGCCGAUGCGGAUGUCGCAAUCGACGACUUUGGCGACGUGCUGGCCCCGCCGAUCCCCGGCCAUGAGAUGCUCCUCUGCGAGCCCGAGGGCGCCGGCGGUGUCGUCGACCGCCCUUUGUUCUACAUUCAGGUGACGCGGCUGAAGUGCCGGGGAUUCACGGUGAGUUUCCAAGUAAACCACUGCAUGGCCGACGCCGCCGGGGUGGUGCAGUUCAUGAAGGCGAUCGGCGAGCUCGCGCGUGGCGCCGCCGCCCCCGCCGUGCCCCCCGUGUGGGCCCGGGACCUCCUCGCCGCCCGCCGACCGACGUGCGUCACACGCCGGCACCCGGAGUAUGAGGAGGUUGCCGACCCUGCCGACGACCGGAUAUCCCCCGCCGACGCUCAGCUGGUCCGCCACUGCCUCUUCUUCGGCCCCAGCGAGGUCGCCGCACUCCGGGCGGGGGUCCCGGCUCGCAUGAGCCGGUGCUCCCGGUUCGACAUGAUUGCGGCACUUGUUUGGAAGUGCCGCACCGAAGCGUUACAGUACGAGCGCGAAAACGAAGUCCGGAUACAGUUCGUGGUGAACGCCCGUGGGAAGCGGGACCCGCCGCUCCCCGCGGGGUUCUACGGGAAUGCGUUUGCGUUUGCAGUGGCAUCCACCGCCGCCGGGGAGCUCUGCGAGCGGCCGUUCGAGUAUGCACUGGAGCUAGUGGCAAAAGCAAAAGCGUCGGUGACGGCAGAGUACAUGCAGUCAGUGGCGGACUAUCUGGUGGAGCGGGGCCGGCCGCGGUUCGCGGUGGCGCGGACGUACCUGGUGUCGGACAUCACGAACGCGGGGUUCGGGGACGUGGAUUUCGGGUGGGGCAAGGGGGUGUACGGGGGGCCGCCGACGGCGAACCUGGCGACGUUCCACAUCCGGUCGAAGAACGCGAAAGGGGAGGAGGGGAUCCUCGUGCCGAUGUGCUUGCCGGCGCCGGCGAUGGCGAGGUUCCAGCAGGAGAUUGCGAGCAACAUUGCUAAGAUGAGAACAAUUUUGGACCACGAGGCAAUUCAGGCUCAUUGAGCUAGCUAGCUAGCUAGCUAGCUAACUAGCUACAGAUCGAUUUCAAUAUGUAUUUAAUUUGGAGGCGAGGAAUAUCAUCAGGAGUUGUGUUCAUUGUGUUUUAAACUAUGUUUAAUUUGUUUGGUUUGUGAGUUAUUAACCAUUGUCAACUAAGAAUGUUAGUUAUGCAUUGAAAUAAAUUAAACAUAAGAAAAUAUUCUAUAUAUAUAUAUAUAGAG